GGCUUUUUACUGACCCGUAUUUUAGAAGAGCUUCGGCUUAAGAACUAAGAAGCCCUUCUUCGACUCUCUUCCUCUUCCAAGGUUUCAACUUCCACCGACAUAGCCACCGUUUGUUUCCCUGCUCUUCGGCUUUUACAAGUUAAAAAUUUUCCCUCGAUAAGCGGCGCCCAAACAUCUUAGCUCGAUUCCAGAGAGAAUAUGUCAAGAAUAUGUGUGAAAAAUCUUCCGAAACAUGUGGCGGAAGAUCGGCUAAGAGAAUUCUUUUCUCAGAAAGGAGAAAUUACUGACGCCAAGCUUAUGCGCACCAAGGAUGGAAAGAGUAGACAAUUUGCAUUUAUAGGGUACCGUACGGAACAAGAAGCUAAGGAAGCUAUCAAAUACUUUAACAAGUCUUAUCUUGAUACUUCUAGAAUCAUAUGCGAGAUUGCACGUAAAGUUGGGGAUCUGAACACUCCACGUCCGUGGAGUCGGUAUUCUUCGAAUAAGAAACAGGAGAAUGUUACUGAAACUGGAAAAAAGACAGCUGGGGCUAAAAGUUGUAGCUUAAUUGAUUCUAAAGGAGGGGAAAAGGUUCUUGCAAACAGUGAGAAUGAUGACCCGAAGCUUCAAGAGUUUCUUCAGGUUAUGCAGCCAAGGGUUAGGUCAAAAAUGUGGGAAAAUGACAUUGUACUUGAUACCCCAGCAAACCAGAAUAGCAAAGUUACCGAGAAAAAAUGUGUAGCUGAGAAGGAAGGCAGACAGACAUCAGCUCCAGUGGAUGUUGACACAGAUGAAACCGAUGUUGGGAUAGUUGAUGAUGAAACCAAAGCAUCAGACAAUGUUGCUCGUGAUGAGGUCAUUUCAGAUAUGGAUUAUUUCAGGAGUAGAAUAAAGAAAGAUUGGUCAGAUGCAGACAAUGAUGACAAUGAGGAAAAUGAUGAUGGUGAUCAAAUGGGAAAACACAAUGCCCUCUUUGAGAAUGUUAUUCAGGAUCAGAUCCAAGAGGGUUUGCCCAAAGAUCUUGAUGGUGAAAUUCUUGAUCCAGGCAACCCGUCUUCAGGCUCGAAAGAUGAUAGAGAAGAAGUCCUUGAGAAUGGACGACUUUUUGUCCGUAACCUGCCAUAUACAGCAACUGAAGAUGAGUUGACAGAAUUCUUUAGCAAAUUUGGCGAUGUCUCACAAGUCCAUCUUGUUAUUGAUAAAGAUACUAAACGUUCCAAAGGAAUUGCAUACGUUCUUUACAAGGUUCCAGAAUGUGCAGUCAGGGCUUUUGAAGAAGUGGACAAAUCAAUUUUUCAGGGUAGAUUAUUGCAUGUAAUGCCAGCAAAACUAAAAAAGCCAACAGGCAAACAAGAGUCCGAUGAUUCUGCGAACCAAGGUUCAAAAACUUUCAAGCAAAAGAGGGAGGAAGAAAGGAAGGCAUCUGAAGCUAGUGGGGACACAAGAGCAUGGAAUAGUCUAUUCAUGCGCCCUGACACAGUUGUUGAAAACAUUGCUAGGAAAUAUGGUGUUAGUAAGAGUGAGUUACUUGAUCGAGAAGCCGAUGAUCUAGCUGUGCGUAUUGCUUUGGGGGAAACUCAAGUGAUUGCAGAGACAAAAAAAUUCCUUGCAAAUGCUGGAGUAAAUAUCUCUUCUUUGGAGGAAGUUGCUGCUGGCAAAACUGAUGGCAUGAAAAGGAGCAAUCAUGUUCUGGUAGUCAAGAACUUGCCGUAUGGCUCAUCAGAUGGUGAACUAGCUAAGAUGUUUGGAAAUUUUGGGAGUUUAGACAAGAUCAUUCUCCCUCCAACAAAAACAUUGGCCCUGGUUGUUUUCCUAGAACCAGCCGAAGCUCGUGCAGCAUUUAAGGGUUUAGCAUACAAACGUUAUAAGGAUGCUCCUUUAUACUUGGAGUGGGCUCCUGACAAUGUUCUUAAUAAGAGUUCAGCUUCUGAGGGUGACAAAAAGAAUAAUGCUGCUGUUGGUGAACAUGAUGUUAAAAGGGCAAUUCUGGAGCAACAUGUGGAAGGAUUAUCAGAUGCAGAUGUUGAUCCUGAUAGAAUUGAGUCGCGAUCUCUAUUUGUCAAGAACCUUAAUUUCAAGACUUCUGAAGAGAGCUUGAGGAAUCAUUUCACUGAACUUGUGAAGGAAGGAAGAAUACAGAGCAUCAGGGUAAAAAAGCACUUGAAGAAUGGCAAGCAAGUCUCAAUGGGUUAUGGUUUUAUUGAGUUUGACUCAGUGGAGACGGCAACAAAUGUUUGCAGAGACUUACAGGGAACUAUUUUGGACGGGCACGCUCUUAUCUUGCAACUUUGUCAUGCCAAAAAAGAAGAGCAGGCAGUAAAAAAUGUUGAGAAGGAUAAAAGUUCAACCAAGUUGCUUGUAAGAAAUGUAGCUUUUGAAGCAACAGAAAAAGAUCUGAGACAGUUAUUUAGCCCAUUUGGCCAGAUCAAGAGCUUAAGGUUACCAAUGAAGUUUGGGAACCAUAGAGGGUUUGGGUUUGUGGAAUUUGUUACGAAGCAAGAGGCACAAAAUGCACUUCAAGCACUCUCAAGCACCCAUCUUUACGGUCGUCAUCUGGUGCUAGAAAGAGCAAAAGAAGGUGAGAGUUUAGAAGAGUUACGGGCACGAACAGCUGCUCAAUUCACUGAUGAACAGAAUGGUUUUCAAAAUCCAACUAGGUUAUCCAAGAAGAGAAAGAACAUGGAAAUCUUGGAUGAUGGCAGAAAGAAGUUUGAAAAGAUCGCAGAUUAGCAGUUCCAAUGAAGCGUGGUGAUGCAAUGGGGUGUAGAUGAACUGCUUUUCUUCCCAUCUCUUCCCUCCUAUUUUAUAUGUUUUACGCUUGCUUCAUUUUUCCUUGCUAGAAGCUAGCAUCAAUUUUGUAGACUUCUUUUGCCUUUUUUUUCUUAUUUUACUGAAAAGCGAAUGAACUAAGUGUAAAAUAUUGGUAGUUUUGUAUGUAAAUUAAGUUAUGCA